UUCUACGCGGUGACUUUACCGAAAGAACCAAAGAAGAUGAAUCCUUGCAGUCACGCAAGCUUUAAAUCGAAACGUCACCGUUUGUUUACAUCGAUCACGUGGUCAGAUUACGACGUCACGCCUCGGGCAAGCCUUUCGCCAAAUAAGGAGUGCUGCCGAAUGCAAUGCGAUUGCGCGCCGUGCGCAUGCGUCACUCCUAUUCCUACAAUGCAUUGCAUGGUGGGGGGGGGGGGUCGUAUUUGGCAAACGCAUUGCUAUAUUUGGUCUCUGGCUAAGCGAAGCUACGGGUGCCCGGCGGGAUCCCCACGCCACUUUGCCGGCAAAGCAACGUUCACAAAACGCGUUCCUGGUCCCGACCCGCUAUAUAAUUAAGUUAUGUUGACCAUCCGGCGACUGCGAGGAUAAAAAAAAGUAACCUGCGCGAUGUAAACAAUAAAAAAAUAUAUAAUUUAAAUGGAGUAAAAAGAAUGCUUUCGGUUGGUGUUGACAGAAGAACAAUCGAGCGUACAGCAAAAAAAAAGGACACUAUUUAAAACGCACGCGGUGCGAAGUGGGAUAACGGGGCACUAUAUGCGUUGAGAGGCCCACCGCGUCCUCGGGCACGCACGCCUUGACAACUGUCGCGAAAGCCGGGGAGGACGAACAUGACGACGAGGCGUACGGGAACGAAGGCGAACAUCGCCGCCGAUGUCGGCAAACUUGCCUGCACUUCGGUGACCGAAGGGGCGAGGCAAGGGCGUGGGAAUGUCUCCCCAUCAUCAUCAUUACCACCACCACCGCCAUCAUCAUCAACUCCAUACCGUCACCACCACCACCAUCAUCAUCAUCGCAAACACAACCCCAAUACCGCUGGUGACAGCCCUCGAGUUGCUGUUGCCGGUGAUGUCGACGACGACGACGAUGAUGAUGAUGGCGUUGAUGUCUGCAACGGCAACAGCAGCAGCAACAACAACAACGGGGACAACGAUGGAGAUGGUGGUGGUGGUGGUGCUGAUGAUGAUGAUGAAGCAGCAGUAUCUAAGGCGCGGGAGGACGCUAACAAGUCGCCAAAGAGGAGGAAACAUAUCGUGACGGUGGACACUUCCAAAGCCAAGACGUCGCUGGAGGCGCUGAGGGCCAGCCUGAGCCAGCUCAAGUGGAAAGAAUAUCCGUUUGGCCGGAGACAGCCCUGCGAUAUUUACUGGCAUGGGACGUCAUUCCACGACUCGGAAAACGUCUGCUCUGGCAUUGUCAACAAAUUCCCGGGAAUGUCGGAGCUCGUUCGGAAGGUGAACCUAAGCCGCGCGUUGAGGACCAUGCAGCAGCUGUUUCCUGACGAGUACACCUUCUACCCCGGCUCCUGGAUCCUGCCGGAAGAAUUCCCGCUGUUUGAGGCCGAUGUGCAGAAGCUGCGAGAGAAAGAUCCGUCGCGGAAGCUGACGUUCAUCGUGAAGCCAGACAGUGGCUCGCAAGGCGACGGCAUCUUCCUCAUCAGCAGCCCACAGGAGCUGCACGCAGCCGGCUGCCUGCGUGGCAGGCCGACCAUCGUGCAGGAGUACGUGCAGAGGCCCCUCCUCCUGGAGAAGCUCAAGUUCGACAUCCGCCUCUACGUGCUGCUGUCCUCGCUCGAGCCGCUGGAGGUGUACGUGUCGCGCGAGGGCCUCUGUCGCUUCUGCACCGAGGUCUACCAGGAGCCGAACCCCAAGAACCUCCACCGCCUCUACAUGCACCUGACCAACUACUCGCUGAACGUGCACAGCGGACGCUUUGUGCACUCCGACUCGGCGUCCACGGGUAGCAAGCGCACCCUAGGCAGCCUGCUGGGCCGCCUGGCGGCGCGGGGCCUGGACGUGCACCGCCUCUGGCGCGACCUCGUGGGGCUCGUGCUCAAGACCGUGCUGGCGCUCGCCCCGGGCCUGCGGGUCGGCCACCACGCCGAGGAGGGGCGGGGGAGGAGGGCCGGCGGCCGCGGCGGUGGGGGGCCGGAGUGCUUUCAGAUCCUGGGCUUCGACAUCCUGCUGCUAAGGAAUCUCAAGCCCGUUCUGCUGGAAGUGAACGCCAACCCGAGCCUCAAGAUCGACCACGACCUCGAGGUGUCGCCGGGAGUGUUUGACAGCGUCUCCAGUCCCGUCGACGAGGAGGUGAAGGUGGCCGUCGUUCGCGACGCACUCCGCGUCGUGGCAACGCGCAUCCGCAGGUCGGCCAACACCGCGUCCCCGAGGAGAGCGUCCAUUGAAAACUGCGAUGUCCGCCUGCGAGCGUCGGACAUCGCUCACGAGGCGUCUGGACGAGACCCGAAGCUCACGGGGUUCGCCGAUGACGACGACGACGACGACGACGGCGACUCGGAAGACCUGGGCAUUGGUGGGCUUCCUCCACCCUGCCUCAAGCAGGUGUACCCCAGGUUCUCCAGGCAGUUCUCACACCUGCGUGUAGUGGAGCGGGCAGCUCGACUCUUCCUGCGCUUCCUGGGACUCCGCGGCGACGCCUCCCUGCGCAUGGGCCCCACGGAGUUCCGCACCUUCAGCAGGAACUGCAAGCUGUGCACUCCCAGCAUCAGCAUGGCCUACAUUGACAUCCUCUACAUCGACGUAACGCGACGCUGGAACUGCACGGCACUCCAAGAGACGGGCAUGAGCUUCCAGGCGUUUGUGGACGCCUUCCGCCAGGUUGCCGGCCGGCGCUUCCCCUCGCUGCCGCUCAGCCUGCAGGUGGAGGCGCUGGUGGAGCUGUGCGAGGGACGCAUCGAGAACGCCUCGCGACGGAGGGGCCCUGCUCAGCCUCAGCCUCAGCCUCCUCCUCCUCCUCAUCAUCAUCCUCCUCAUCCUCACCCCCGCCCGCCCCACACUCAUCCGCCUCAUCGCCGUCACCUCUCUCCUCACCGCCGUCGGCUCGCCCAUUCGCCGGCCCGCCAGCCGACCUGCCCGUCGGCCGCCGACACCGCCGCCGAAACCGCCACCGCCGCCACCACCACCCGCAGCGGCGGCGACACCGCCACCCACGCCACAGCCUACAGCGGUGCGGUCAACACCGCCGGCGCUCGCGAGCAGCCAAGCCCAAAGUGACGCUCGUGCCAGGCCAGGCUCCCGCGCCGACGCCUUGCUGCCGGCGUCGCUGGAGCCGCGCGGGGCAGGCGGCCUUUCGCUUCACCUCUUGACCUCGGCCGCAGCCUUGGAAGCCAUCGACGGGCCCGCGGAGUUUCCCCGUCGAGCACUCGUUCCCGCCGCUCCCAAAAAAAAA